AUGGAAACACUAGCCACUAACAAUUGGACAGCUAUUUUAGUUCCAAGAGAUGUCCUUGUACAUAGGUUAUUCACAAAUUAUUACAAUCAAUCAACAUUUUCCCAAAGGGCAACUCUUUAUGAAUAUUGUACAGUGAGGUAUUUGCAUUAUAAUUUCCAAUAUUUUGACUUAAAAACACUUGCCGGUGCUUUUUGUUCUGAAGAAUUAUCUAGAUGGUUUCUCUAUUUUAGAACUUAUAGACAAAGUUUUGCCAAAUUGAAUGAUUCCAAAUGGGAGUAUGUUGAAGAAGAUAAUGGCGUUAAAGGUAUUUGGUUAACAUCUGUGGGGAGAUGCGCAACAAGUGAUAUUGAUUUUGUAAUGUUUUAUGUUCAUGGUGGUGGAUUUAUUCAUUCAUCUCCUUGGUUUUAUGUUGAAUAUUUGAAUGUAUUCAUGAUUGUAUUACAAGAACAAGGAUUUAAAAAUCCUGCAAUAUUCAUUGUGGAUUAUCAACUGAAAAACUUCAGCAAUGACUUGAUUGCAUUAUCAAAAGCAUGGGUUUAUACUAGGCAGAAGGCCCCCAAGGCACAUUUGACAUUAUCUGGAGAUGGGUCUGGUGGUUUAUUAGCAAUGUCUUUAUUAUUUCACAUAGCAUCACCUUAUGAAUUUAUACCCAGUGGUGAAAUCCCCUUAGAAAAACCGUCAGCAUUAUUUUUAACAUCACCAUGGACCAAAUUAUACUAUAGUGAUAAGACAUACCCCUGUACAUCUGAUGAUUUUAUGAAUCGUAACUUGUUGAAUCAAUAUUCAUCAUCUUAUAUUGGAGAAACUGAAUUUAAUGUUUUGAAAGAGCAAUUAGAAACAUUGGAAGAAGCAAACUCAAGUUCUUCCUCGUCAGCUUCUCUUUCACUGAUCUCUCACACAGUUGACCAACGUUCAGAUCAUAAUCAUAAAAUAAACCAUUAUCAAAAUCCAAUACUAUGUGAUUCAAUGAGUCUAUGGAAAAAAUCAUUUCCAAAAUAUGGUGCAUUAAUAACAUAUGGGGAUGAAGAAUACCUUAGAGAGGAAAUAACAAUGCUUUCUAAAAAGCUCAGUAUGUGUGGGAAAGUUAAAUAUGAAGCUCAAUUGAAUCAAAUACAUGACUGGCCUAUAUUGACAUAUUAUACUGAAAGGAUUGAAGAACUUCGUGAAGAUGGUAUUCACAUUUUGGCUGGUAUCAUCAGUCGAAUGUUACUUUGGAACACUGACUCGUUCUUUGAAGAUGGUGCAUUAGUUCCUGUGGAUAAUGAGUUUACUUGA